UAAUGAAUGUUACGUAUAAUAUAUAUAUAUAUAUAAUGCGCGCAUAUGCGUGAAACGGAACGCACCCUAUGAUGCACAAGCACGGCGCAUGCUCAUAUCACAAUGUGUCGUCAAUAUGACAGAGUUUCUAACCUGAACAGUGUGCAACUUUACCGAUAAAUAUCUCGCUUUGCAAGGCAGAGCGACGAUUUUAACUUUCCUUUUCGAUUUCUACGCGCCACACUACACAUUAUUGGUGAGUUUCAACCAAAUCGGAGUCCACUAUACGUCAAUGCGGCCGACCAAUCAGAAAGAGGAAACACCGGAAAGACCAGCGAAAUCGUACACGUGCUACGGAAAACGUUCAGUUCGGUUCAGUUCAGUUGAUCGUAAAAUUAGUGAAGAGUGUUAUUCGAUUUAGAAACGAAAACGUUAUAUUAAUCACAAAAUAAAAAUGGAGAAUAACAGGAAGAAGAAAGAUUCCCGCAAAAUGAAAACACAGAAUGUAAAACAAAUAACAAUUAGGUUUAGAAGCAACACAGAGAGGUACACAAUACCAGAAUACCACAUAAACGUAGAUGGCUCAAUGACGGCAGUCGAAUUGAACACCUUGGUGAAUAAUUUAAUGAAAGAUUCAAUGGACGUCGAAGGUCAGGUGGAGUUUGAUUUUGUGAUAUGCUCGCAGUUCUUGCGGACCUCGUUAAUAGAACACAUUACGGAAAUGGAUAUUUCCACUGAGGAAAUAGUAGUGGACUGUUUAGAGAAGCAUACUCCACCGGAACCAAAGGAUUGUCUUAUACAGGAUGAUUGGAUCUCCACCAUCGCUCUUUGUGGAAAAUGGAUUUUGACUGGUUCUUAUGACAACACAUUACGCAUAUGGGAUCUGGAAAAUCAUGCACAACGUCUUGUGAUAUCCGCACAUGCACGACCUGUGAAGGCAGUGGCAUGGAUAUCUCUUGACGAUGAGGAAGCGGUUUUUGUAAGCACGUCCAUGGGAAACGACUGCAUGAUCUGGAACUGGAAGAUAGCGGAAAACUCGGCGAACUGUGUAAGUGUCUGUAAAGGGCAUGAAGGGACUGUCGAUACAGUCAGCUUGAAUCACGAUAAGACAUUAAUGGCGACUGGAUCCUGGGAUAAGAUGUUGUACAUCUGGUCUGCGAGUACCCAAGGCGAAGAUGAAGCUGGCGAACCUGCGUCAAAAAGGUCGCGAGGAAGUCAUGUAAACAGAACAAAGACUCCGCUAAGAGCUAUGAAGGGACAUACACAUGCUGUUAGUGGAGUUGUGUGGUCCAAGAAGAGCGAAGUAAUAACGUGCUCGUGGGAUCACACUAUGAAAGUAUGGGAUACAGAAAUGGGCCACAAAAAGCAAGAGAUCCACGCAGAAAAUAGUAUUUUUAGCGUGGAUUACUCACCAUUAUCGAAUAUGUUACUAACGGGAUCGGCCGACGGGUUCGUGCGGCUGUACGACCCGAGAUCUACAGGUGCCAUUAUGAAAACAAAAUUUACGUCCCACAAGCAGUGGGUCGCAAAAGUUUGUUGGUCGACCGUAGACGAACAUCUGUUCAUCUCGGGAUCCUAUGACAGCGUCGUGAAGAUGUGGGACACCAGAAGCUCCAAGACUGCGCUAUAUGAUCUGGUUGGGCACAAAGAUAAAAUAUUAUCCUUGGAUUGGACGAAUCCUGAAGUGAUAUUGUCCGGUGGCGCGGACAAUACGCUAAGAAUAUUCAGCACACCCGGAAAUUAGCGUAUUGGGAAACAAUGUCUUACGAUAUCUGGUGCAUCGGAUAAAAGUUGCUUCGCAAUCCUGAUUCCAGAUUACAUCUGUAAAUUUUAUAUAUAAUAAAAGUUUCAAUAAAAAUUGUAAAUAGUGGAAAA